AGGGGAAGCACCUAGAGGUGAAAGAACCGGCCCACUCCACAGGUCUAGGAAACGGAGGAGCUGGACACGAAAUGACAAGGGAAACUCUGCCCCUUCCGACAUGACCGAGGAGAGAAGAUGGUGGUGUGCAAGCACUGGCUCCGGGGGCUGUGCAAGAAGGGUGAUCACUGCAAGUUCCUGCACCAGUAUGACCUCACCAGGAUGCCUGAGUGCUACUUCUACUCCAAGUUUGGUGACUGCAGCAACAAGGAGUGUCCCUUCCUCCAUGUGAAGCCAGCUUUCAAGUCCCAGGACUGUCCUUGGUAUGACCAAGGUUUCUGCAAGGACGGUCCUCUGUGUAAAUACCGCCAUGUCCCCAGAAUAAUGUGUCUCAACUAUUUAGUUGGCUUCUGCCCUGAGGGACCCAAGUGCCAAUUUGCUCAGGUUCUGAAAUAUGAAAUCUGCAGCAGGCUGGCGCAGAGCAUGUUAAUGAGCAGAAGAUGGGAGGGCGAGAGCUUGGCUGUAAUCGUCUCUCUCUCCACUUCCCUUAGUCCCAAGAUGAAUCUUUUACUCAACCCGAGUUACAUGAAGCCUUGCUUAACAGCCUAAAGAGAAACUUUUCCAAAUGCCCAGAAUCUGCAACAGAACGCAACAGUCAAACUCCAGCCUCACCUUUUUGUACAGCUCCCAAGAGCCUCAUCAGAGAGAAGUUGGAGGUUGUAAGUCCGGUAGGGGGUUCCAAACUCCUUAUAUCAGUUGAGCUUCGUUCCAACAAAGAAACUAUGGUUCCAAACAGAAGUCACCGUCAUUGUUUACCGAAACGUACCCCCUUCCCCAACAUCCAGUGCCGAAGGAUCCAGGGCUAAGCCUCAGGAAAAGCAUAUUCUAAACAGGUGCAUUAAAGAUUUCUGCAUUGGACUGCA